AAUAUAUGCUUAGCGGUGUGCUACUCGAGAGAGAAGAUAUUCUUCAUCAUGGCGGAGCAAGAAAGUCCAGAAUAUGGCACAGGGGAUUUCGUCCUUUUGGACGAAAUCACUAAAUCUGCCUUCAUGGAAAACCUUGACACUCGAUUCGAAAAAGAGCGAAUUUACACCUACAUUGGCGAGGUAGUAGUCUCAGUGAAUCCUUACACGACUUUAGAUAUUUAUGGGCAGGAUAAAGUCAAAGAAUAUCGUAAAUCAGAAAUGUACGAAAAGCCACCUCAUAUUUUCGCCUUGGCCAAUGCUGCCUACACUACGAUGAAGAGAAACUCUGAAGACAGUUGCAUUAUUAUCUCUGGUGAGAGUGGUUCUGGGAAGACAGAAGCCUCAAAAAUCAUCAUGAAUUUCAUCGCUGCCAUUACAAAUGUCUCAAAACAAAAAGAAAUUGAAAGGGUCAAAGAUAUUCUCCUCAAAUCUAAUGUCAUAUUGGAGAGUUUUGGGAAUGCCAGGACAAACCGAAAYGACAAUUCCAGUCGUUUUGGAAAAUACAUGGACAUUGACUUUGACUUCAAAGGGGAUCCYAUUGGGGGACAUAUUUUCAACUAUCUACUGGAAAAGUCAAGAGUCGUUAAACAACAACAAGGAGAAAGAAAUUUUCAUUCAUUUUACCAGCUUCUAGACGGCGCACCAGAUAAAACUCUCCAAGAAUAUGGCUUGAGCGGAGAUCCCAUGGACUACUACUACACCAAGCAAGGCAAGCAAGUCAAGAUAUCGACCAUCAACGACCAGAAACAAUACRAAGUCAACUGCGAUUCUAUAAAAGCUGUUGGCUUUAGAGGAGAAGAACAGAAGACUAUCUGGCAGCUGGUGGCAGCAGUUCUUCACYUGGGAAAUGUUCGGUUUGAGGUCGAAGACGACGACUCUGUUGUCAUCAAAAACAGGGAUGUGCUAAGAAUCAUUGCGGGUCUACUGGGAGUCAGGCCAUCGGCACUGGAGAAAGCCUUGUGCUUUAGAGUGGUAGCAGCGAAGGGAGAGGUAAUGGAGAGAGGGCACAGCAAAGAAGAGGCGUCUCAUGGCAGGGAUGCGUUUGCUAAGGCCAUCUACGAUCGCUUGUUUACUUGGAUAGUCAGCCGCAUUAACGAAAGCAUAGAGAUUCGUGACAAACAACACCACGGCAAGUGCUCCGUCAUUGGUGUUCUUGACAUCUAUGGGUUCGAGAUCUUUGGAAAGAACAGUUUCGAGCAGUUGUGCAUCAACUACUGUAACGAGAAACUGCAGCAGCUCUUCAUCGAACUUGUGUUGAAGGAAGAACAGGAGGAGUAUCGCCGCGAGGGAAUCGAAUGGGAAGAUGUCGAUUAUUUCAACAACAAAAUCAUCUGCGACCUGAUUGAACAAAACCACAAGGGAAUCUUUGCUAUCAUGGAUGAAGGAUGCUUGAACGUUGGAAAGAUCACCGACCAGAUGCUGCUACAGACUAUGGACCAGAAACUUGGAAARCACCAUCACUACAAGAGCAGACUUACUGACCCCUCUGACAGAAGCAUGGAAUUCCAUCGUGACUUUGGCAUCAAGCAUUUUGCUGGCGAUGUUGUUUAUGAUGUCAAUGGUUUCUUGAAGAAAAACAAAGAUACACUGUAUCAAGAUUUCAAGCGUCUUCUUUACAACAGUGAACACGAGGUGUUACAAGAAAUGUGGCCUGAAGGUCAAGAGGCCAUCACAGCGGUCACCCAACGUCCUGCUACCGCUGGGACUUUAUUCAAAAACUCGAUGCUGGCUCUGGUGGAGAAACUCAAGUCCAAGAGACCUUUCUAUGUACGCUGCAUCAAGCCUAAUGACAUCAAAUCAUCUUCUCUGUUUGAUGAAAAAGUCGUUGGCAACCAGGUUGACUAUCUUGGUUUACUGGAAAAUGUUCGCGUGCGACGAGCAGGCUAUGCAUUCAGGACGCACUACAAACGCUUUCUCACAAGGUACAAAAUGAAUUGUGACGAAACUUGGCCAAACUAUCGCGGUAGCGACAAAGAUGGCGUGAAGACUCUCAUUGAAGAUAUGGGCUACUCUCGAGAUGUCAAAUAUGGAAGGAACAAGAUCUUCAUUCGAAGUCCCCAGACCAUAUUCGCAUUGGAGCGAGCGAGGGCAGAGAGGAUUCCACCAAUGGUAAACUUCCUCCAAAGGUGUUGGCGUGGAGGUCUUGCGAGAGACAAAGCACGCAAGAUGCGUUCUACCUACAUGAUCAUGAACUGCUUCAAACGGCAUCAACAACGAAGAUACCUGGAGGAACUCAGGCAAAGAUAUCGUCGAUGCCAAGAUCAAAGAGACUUUGGAAGAAGUAUUGAAUGGCCUGAACCUUCUUAUUGCUCCAGGCAAAUAGCUAGUUAUGCUAAGGCUAUUUAUGACAGGUGGUGGGCCUACAAACUCAUCUCUACAAUCCCGGACGACCAGAUGGACGAAGUGAUGCUCAAGUGCUCUGCCUACAGCUGUUUGAACAAGCAAAGGAAGUCAUGGGGUUUGCGAGAUAGAUGGCAUGGCGACUACUUGUCUAUGUCCAACGAGGGAUGUGACCGUGCUUUGUACCAGAAGGCGUUGCCACCAUCGACUCAUAUUAUUCACUUCUCAUCGUUCUCAAGGAAGAUCAACAAGCACAACAAAAUYGUGAAGAGAAUCCUUGUUCUGACCGAAAAGUUUAUCUUCAAACUGGAACCCGAGAAGUACAAAAUCAUGCGAAAAAUUCCAUUGGAGAAGGUCACAGGUCUCAAAAUUUCCAACGGAAAAGACCAGCUGAUUGUAAUCCAACUAARAGAUCGCAACGACCUCGUGGUUUGUCUUUAUAACAAACCAAAAGCUAAUCGUGUGGUCGAACUGAUGGCCAACAUCUACCUUCAAGUUUUUCAAUUGUAUGGAAGGAGUGUGCCAGUCACAGUGAGUGACGAUCUGGAUUGCCAAUUGGGCAAGAAGACCAAACGACUAGAAAUUCAAAGUGCCCCAAGCGACUCCACGGCAAACUUCAAACCAGCUGGCAACRAUGGCUUCGUUUUGAUGUGGCCAAAGUCUAGUAAAAACAAAAAAAGGUCUUGAAUACCAACCGACAAAACCACUUCCUCCAUCACUUUUGUCUUUUGAUGUUAAUCGCUGAAAUUGUCAACGCUGUUCCUAGUUUUUCACGUAUCGAUGUAAAGCAGUAUUUACAAAGAACCGUCACGUGCUCCAUCCCGCCAUGUUGAAUUGGAAGCUGGASUCAUUGGAAAAAUUUGCACUUUUUUAAAAUUUUAUACACUGAUUUACGAGUAAGCUUUGUACCAUCAACUAAAAUAUCAGGUCUAGGAUUUUGGUAUCGAGGUGCAGGCUAGUAAUGAUAGGCGCAAAUCAGUUGAGGCUUUAGUUCAGAGUAAUSUCUUGCGAUCGGACAUAAUAGUUCCCGGCACAUUUCCAAAAUAUCCUUUCAUAGAAAGAGGGUAUCCAGUGGACCUCCGCUAGAUCUGCCAAUAAAUUAGAAUGCAUAUUUUUUGGUCAAUAUUGCUGAAAUUACCAUAUCACGAGACUUGUUGGAGCAAGUAAGUUUGUCYUUCAUUCACUUCAUGACCCAGCAAAAGAAAAUACGAUUUUUUAAAAAAAGUUUUAAAACGUUUAAAUUGAAAUACAGCGAAAUAAUAGUAUCACAUGAGUAAUCAUAGGUAAAAAAAAUCUUAACGUUCUAAUUCGCUGCGCUCAAACGAACGUAAAUUAUUUCUAAUGAUUACCAUAGCAACUGCUAACGAUCAACUCUAAUCAUGCAAUGUUAAAAUUCAAAUCCACCACUUGUAAAAGUGUCUAUAUAUUUACCAUGCAAAAUAUUUAUCGUAUAUUUUUGUUAAUUUGGUAUUAAUAACGUUUAUAAGCCACGGCGACAUGUAGAAUAKAGUAAGAUCAACAUUUCCUWAAGGCCGGUUUAGAYGGUACGAUUUYCGCCUACWACUAUCGUAUACAACAYGCUCGCGUCUKUCGUAGGCGAGUUGUAGGCUGUGACGCUACGACUCGAGUURUAGGAUGGCGCGAGCGUGUUGUAUACGAUAGUURUAGGCGAAAAUASUACCGUCURAACCRGCCUUUACAACGCACUAGCGUAUGACUUUCUAUUCURUUCACUAUGAAGGAGUCAGAGAACUUAGAUGGGUUGCCUGUGUAGYUUAUUUUUACCGGGGUGGUCAUAUCAUGACUCAGACUAAGGUCCUCUCCCUGACAAGAUACAGGCAUUUCAUCCUAGUGAAGCUUAAGGUUUUCACUACAUUUGUAUAAUCGAUGAGAGGCACAAAGAAAUCUAGAUCUAGUUUUAAUUUUAGAUACAGGAUAUUAUAUGUUUUUUAAAGAAAAUACUACAAUAAAAUUAAUUUCUGUU